AUGGGAGUUGAACUCAGCUAUCACAAGUCUGCCAGAAAUAGCAGUGUCAUAGAAAAAAUAAAUUAUAUUCACAUUGAUGCAAUACGAAAGGCAUAUUACAAUAUCAAAUCAUGUAGAUUAUCAGCUGGACACGUGGACAAGAAUACUUUUCUACACUGCCUGGACUUAGAGGAAACCAUUGGUGAUAAAAUAUUUACUGCAUUUGACUGUGACAAAACUGGUUUGAUAAAUUGGAGAGAAUGUUUAUCUGGACUAUCGCUGUGUGUCAAUGGAUCACUCAGGGAAAAAUCUACUGCAUUAUUUAAACUGAAUAAGAUCUCAUCACCGGAUAAGGGUGUUACUCCGGCCGUAUUACAGGGUAUAUUGAAAAAAUCACUAGAUGCAGCUUUAAG